UGUGGAAUCUGCUGAUGAUGCUCAAGAUCAUUGCGCAGGCGUGGCGCCGUUUGCGUACGCUCGUGCGUAAAUCUGUCGUGGUUCUCUGCACGUCUCAUCCUCUCGGCUGUGAGUCCUGCCCGCUCGGCGCUGUCCUCCUCACGACCUUACAGAGACAAUGGCCGUUCCUCCGACAUAUGUGGACCUGGGCAAGUCUGCCAGGGACAUCUUCACCAAAGGAUACGGUUUUGGUCUUAUCAAGUUGGACUUGAAAACAAGGUCAGAGAAUGGAUUGGAAUUCAAAAGCUCCGGCUCGGCUAACACAGAGACCAGCAAGGUAGCAGGAACGCUGGAGACCAAGUACAAGUGGGCCGAACACGGCCUGACAUUCACCGAGAAGUGGAACACUGACAACACUCUCGGCACAGAGAUCACUCUGGAGGACCAGUUGGCCAAAGGGCUGAAGUUGACAUUUGAUUCCUCCUUUUCUCCAAACACUGGGAAGAAGAGCGGGAAGAUCAAGAGCUGCUUCCAGCACGAGCACAUCAACCUGGGCUGUGAUGUGGACUAUGACAUCAACGGCACCGCAGUGCACGGAGCCGUGGUCGUGGGCUUCGAGGGUUGGCUGGCCGGCUACCAGAUGACAUUUGAGGCGGGCAGGAACCGGGUCUCCCAGAGCAACUUCGCUGUCGGAUACAAGACCGACGAGUUUCAGCUCCACACAAAUGUGAAUGAUGGAACAGAAUUUGGCGGCUCCAUUUACCAGAAAGUGAACGAUAACCUGGAGACGGCAGUUAACCUGGCCUGGACCGCUGGAAACAGCAACACCCGCUUCGGCAUCGCUGCCAAGUAUCAGAUCGAUGCCGACGCUUCCUUCUCGGCCAAAGUGAAUAAUUCUAGCCUCGUCGGCCUGGGAUAUACUCAAACCUUGAAGCCCGGUAUCAAGCUGACCCUUUCUGCUCUUCUGGAUGGGAAGAACAUUAAUGCAGGCGGCCACAAGUUGGGUUUGGGUCUGGAGUUUGAGGCAUAGGAAGCCGAGGAUUGCAAUAAUCCUGACUUGAUUUUUUUUUUUUUUUUUUUACCCACCCUCACAAACCUCGUCUCUCUUAGAUCCCCUGUCCGAGGACAGACACUCGGUCAAAUUAUGCAUUAGUGGUGGCUCAAUACUUCAGAGUGUUACAGACGAAACUGCUAUAGGUCACACAGAACGAAAGAAGAGCGUAAAUGGCUUUAAAAAUGUAUUUUCAGUACAUUAUUGAGAUUAUUUAUUUCAGUGUUGAUCAUGACAGACUGGGGGAAGAGCUGCUAGAAACAGAGACGUUUACAUCAGAAAACACUAACACUAGGUGACAACAUUCCUGAUCCACGGUUUUCACCCCAGCAAACCUUGAAAGAAGGGACCCGUAUAUACACCGACUUCACGACUUUAGUUGUAGACACCAGACUUUUGGAUGCGUUUCGUGUUUGUCUUGUCUGUGCGAGUGAAACCACACGUGUAUCUUAUCCAUCAUUGUUUUAUUGCUGCAUACUGCCUGUACCUUCUAUGGCAAACUCUUUCAGCUGUCCCUGGACUAGAGGAGAUUGGAAACAACCUUCAGAUGUGCCGGGAAGAGCAUUAAAGAUCUGAAUAGGUGGAUGUAGUCUUCCGUUUUUAAAUGUAGGAGUAGAAUACUGUGGAUUUGGCAGUAUGGUUUCUUUAAGUUGAAUAAAACAUUUGAACCUGGACCACA